AUGGCCAAGGAACGAUGCCUCAAAAAGUCCUUUCAAGAUAGUCUUGAAGACAUAAAGAAACGAAUGAAAGAGAAAAGGAGUAAAAACUUGGCAGAGAUUGGCAAACGAAAGUCUUUGAUAGCUGCGCCAUGCCAAAUAAUCACCAACACUUCUACACUGCUAAAAAACUACCAAGACAACAACAGAAUGUUAGUCUUAGCUUUGGAAAAUGAAAAGUCCAAAGUGAGAGAAGCCCAGGAUAUCAUCUUACAGCUGAGGAAAGAAUGUUACUACCUCAUGUGUCAGCUGUACACACUGAAAGAAAAACUUACUUCACAACAGACAGAAGAACCUGCUCAGGACCGGGAAGUAUGUCCCCCUGGAAUGGACUCCAGUAGCGACAGCAACUCCAGGAAUUUACUCGUGGAGGAUUUACCGCAAGUUCCUCUUCAGGACGCUGACUUUCCAGGACAAGAAGAAUUGUUCCAAAUAGAAGAGCCAACACCUACUAUUUCUCAAGACAGACUGGGAUUCGAUUUGGAUUCAGGUGAAGAUAAGUCAACUGAUAAUGUCUUACCUAGAACUGUAUCUCUCCGUCGCAGUUUAAAGAAACAUGUCAACAAUCCGUGUCAGUUCAAUGCCUUGGAUGAUUUUGGAAUCAGUCAUUUGUCAGAGCAGUCUUUGGAAUUGGAAAGAAUUAGAUUUGUAGACUCACCAGUAAACACGCACAUACCUGAAAAUGUAGAACAAAAUUUUUAUCAAUGGAACAAGGAUCAAAUUUACUUAUCAACAAGGCUAAUUCACCCAGGACAAUCUACUAAAACAAAAGAAGACAUUUUAGAGUAUAAAUUAGACCAAACUAAAAGUAAGCACAGAGCUGCCCAAGGAAGAAAAAGAGAAGAGAAAAGAAAAGCUAACAAAAGGAAAAAAUCAAAAUCUGUCUCAAAAUAUAAAGGGAGCAAAAGUGAAUAUAAAAAAACUGUUUCCCAAAAAAAGUUGGAUAAAUCUGUCACCUCCAGUGAUGCUUACAAUUUUAAUUUGGAAGAGGGUGUUCAUCUCACUCCUUUCCGACAAAAAGUGAGCAAUGAUCCUAAAAGAGAAGAAAACAACAAUGAAUCUGAAGUGAGCAUCUGUGAAUCAAGUGGUUCAGGAGAUGACUCUGAUGACCUCUAUCUGCCCACAUGCAAGUACAGUCAAGAUCUCACCAGUGAAUCAGAUAGGAGUCCAGUCACCAGGCCUCGAUCUAAAAGAGCACUGAAACAUAGGGGUGAAAAGGAGACAGAGGGUUCUGAGCCAACAAAAACUCCUCCUAGUGCACUACCUGAAACUCACCAGUCACCUCAUUUUUGCCUGAAGGAUAUCACAAAUGUCCCCUUGUAUCCUGUAGUGAAAACCAGAAAACUUUCUCUUUCUCCAAAAAAGAAUGUAGAAAGCCCACCAGUGUCUUUGCGUAAACGUAGGUGCACAGCCAGUGUGAACUAUAAGGAACCCACGCUCGCUUCGAAACUGAGAAGAGGGGACCCUUUUACAGAUUUGUGUUUCUUGAAUUCGCCUAUUUUUAAGCAGAAAAAGGAUUCCAGACGCAGUUCUAAAAAAAAAAGCAUGAAGCAAGUACAAUGA